UUCCUCACUCCCCACUUUGACAACUGAAAAUGGCUUUCAGCUAUGCAAAAUUCCUUGUCCUCCUAGCCGCUGCAGCCACCAUGUUGGCAGCUAGCCAGGCGGCCACUGUUGUCGUGGGAGGGUCGGAGCACUGGCGCUAUGGCUUUAACUACACCGACUGGGCUCUUCGACAUGGCCCUUUUUACCAAAAUGAUAAACUAGUAUUCAAGUACGAUCCACCAAGCGAGAACAGCCCACCUCACACAGUGUACUUGCUGCCAAACCUGUGGAGCUUCAUAAAGUGCGAUUUCAGGAGUGCACGGUUGUUGGCAAAUGUGACAGAAGGAAGUGGUGAUGGCUUUGGCUUUGUGCUCACUAAUAAUUGGAGGCCGCUUUAUUUCGCUUGUGGAGAAAAUGAUGGCAAGAACUGCAAGGAGGGGAUGAUGAAGUUCUUCGCGGUACCUUUGCCUCGUCGCUCAUAAAUAUAUAUAUAUAUAUAUAUAGAUGAUGACACAGAAAAGAACAGGGAAGUGUAUACAUAGUCCUUACAUGUUAUAUAGUUUGGUGAAAUAACUGGAUCAUUUUGGCAUAUAUGACCAUGAUUGAUACUUCAAAUAAGUUAUUUUCAAUUAUUAUUAUUAUUUUUUUUUUCUGUUUUUUUCUUUCAUGUUCUUCAUUAUGUUGUUGUUGUUAGUGUUGUGAGAUGGCUAUGAUAAAUAAAAUGUUUUGUGUUUGAUUUGAAUUCUUUGCAUCUAUAUUUUUACGCUUAAUUGUAAUUGUAGAAGGAAAAAAAAAAUGGAGAA